CCAAUUAUAAUUUUCUUAAAACUUGCUUUGGUUUCUUCUUCUGAACAGCCGUGGAGAACCCGCAUUGCGCGUUCCUGCGGCUAGUAUACCUUUGGCCUCCAUUGGAUUUAAUUUGCCAUUGCCAUUGCUGUUGGUAUUGGGUGAAUCAAAUCCGCUGGGACUAUCUUGUUCUCCGCAUCUCCGCCUUGUUAAUGACAAAUCUAUUACCAGAUUCCCACUCUGCUGUUGAGAAGAAGAAACCAAAGCAAGUUUGCAGCACUGCUUUUCUACAUCUGAAAUGCCUCGACGUCCCUCUGAUUUCCACUAGUACAGGUUCUUCCUCCCACUUCAUCCCUCUCUCUCCCCACACCGCUUGCACCAUCGGCCGCGACCGCCGCUUCUGCCACUUCCUGUUCGACGACCCUCGAGUCAGUAGGCGCCACUGCCAGCUUUCCUUCCACGCCGCGCUCCGCAAGAUUUUUAUUUCCGACGGCUUCGCUUUCUUCUCCCCUACUCCUGAUUCCGUUAUCAACAAUGAACCGAAGGUUGAGCACCCUCCUUCCUGUUCUCGGGUCAGGGUUAGGGCCCACUCCUUAAAUGGUGUUUUUGUCAAUGGGGUUAGGGUUGGAAGAGAUACCGUCGCCGGCUUAUCUGAUGGAGACGAGGUUCUGCUUGUUUGUGCUGGAAAUGAUGGUGUUUGCAGUCUCGGGAUUCGCAUCGGUUUUGUUGUCCAGAGGGUUGUUUAUACGGACGAUGUUCCCGUUGUUGGCAACGUCAUUUCCGAUAGCAAGUCCAGUUCUGCAUCCUUGAAUUCUUUGGGUAGGGGAAACGCUCUUCAGUCCGACGGUGGCAAUCGGAAUAAGAACCGCCCACACUCUUGUUCCCCACCCGGGAAGAAAUUCUAUCUGAAUCGCCUUGAGUCUAUGGUUCAUGGUUCUUUCGGCCCUCACACUGUUGUUUCCUUGCCAGAGCUUCUUCAUCCUGUUGAAGGCCUUUUGCGAAUAUUUAGUGCAACAUUUACAUGCGAUGUUUUAUGGUUCCUAUCACACUGUGAGAUUCCCCGCCAUUUGCCUGUGACAAUUGCAUGUCAUAAUUCUGAGAGAUGUUGGAGUUCCAGCCCUGAUAAAAGAUCAGCAGUGCCUUACCCAGAUUUUCCGAACCUAGUUGUUGUGUAUCCUCCAUUCCCCGAGGUCAUUGCCUUCGGUAAUGACCGCACAAAACAAGGCAUUGCUUGCCAUCAUCCAAAAUUUAUUGUUUUGCAAAGACAAGAUAGUAUUCGUGUCAUCAUUACUUCUGCAAAUUUAGUGGCAAAGCAGUGGAACUGUGUGACCAAUACCAUCUGGUGGCAAGAUUUUCCUUGCAGAACUGCACCUGAUUAUUGUUCUCUUUUUACCCAAAUCUCAGAUAUUGUUAUAAAUCAAAAUUCAAAAUCUGAUUUUGCUGCUCAGCUGGCUGGUUUUAUGGCAUCUCUUGUUAUUGAUGUACCUAGUGAAGCCUACUGGAUCACAGAGUUAGCGAAGUAUGACUUUGGCGGUGCAAUUGGACAUUUGGUGGCUUCAAUACCAGGAGUGCAUGCCUACAGAAAUCCAUACAUACCAAAAUCUAUGCAUGUAGCUCAGGCUAAUCAGUGUGAACCAUGGUCAUUUGUCGAAAAGUUUCUUGGUUCUAUUGAAGCUUCUGUAGUUGGUUUAAGCCACCUUUUUCACGCUGCAGCUGAUUCGAAUGGUGCACGAUUAAAGAAAUUGGCUGCUUUCUUUAGGAACUGUUGCAAACAUGUGCGUGGUUUGUCAAAGAUUGUUCUAAAAAGAAAUGCAAACAUACCUGCUGAUGCAAAUGCUGUGAGUGUUCUGGUUCCUGACCGAGAAGAGUUAUCUCAAAGCGAUUGUAUUCAACUUGGGUUUCUACCUAGGAAUAUCGCAAAGUGGGUUGCUCCUUUGUGGGACAUUGGCUUCUUCAAAUUCUCUGGAUAUGUUCAUCCUGAUGAAGUACUUGCAGCUGCUUUACAAGGAACCAACAGAAAAGUACAACUGAUACUAUAUGUGUCACAGGGGCCUAGUUUUUUAAAUAUAUCAGGUAUGUUGCAACCUGAGCAUGUAUCAGCAAUAUGCUCACUUGUUGCAUCAAUUCAGAGGUGUUCAGGUCUCUGGCGACUACAAGAGGUAUUGAGCCGAUACAAGUGGCCUGAUUUACAAGAAACUGAUUUCCUUUAUGGUUCAUCCUCAAUUGGUUCAUCUGUAAAUGCCCAAUUUUUGGCUGCAUUUUCAGCUGCUGCUGGGAAAAGAUCGUUGCCAUUUUCUGAGUCUGAAGAGUCUGACCCACAGUGGGGAUGCUGGAAUGCCAGUCAAGAAUCAAGAAGCCCAUCCAUCAAAAUCAUUUUUCCAACCAUUGAACGAGUGAAGCAUGCAAGUUGUGGGGUUCCGCCUUCACGACACAUCCUUUGUUUCUCAGAGAAAACGUGGCAAAGGUUACGAACCACUGGCAUACUUCACGAUGCAAUUCCUCACCCAAAUGAUAGAGAAGGGUAUCCAAUGCAUGUCAAGGUGGCACGGAGGCGCUUCCAGUGCGAUGCUAAUGAUGCCAAUGCCAUUGCAUUUUCCUAUGGAUGGGUGUAUUGUGGGUCCCAUAACUUCAGUGCAGCUGCUUGGGGGUGCCCUUUUCCGAUUUCGAAUUCAAAUGUCGCUGGCCUAGUGGACGGAGCAGCUGAUACUGAGACGGGUUCCAAGCUUCGAAUUUGCAACUAUGAACUAGGGAUAAUUUUCAUUGUUCCUCCUCCAGCUGAUACGCGUACUGAUACAGUUGGGAAAAGCACAAGCAACUUGGAUGAUAUUAUUUUGCCAUUUGUUGUACCUGCCCCAAAAUAUCAGUCGACAGAUACACCGGCAACAUUUCAGGCCAUGAGGAGGGAAUUAGUGGGGUGUAAUUGUGAAGCAGAUGGAGGUAAGCCGCCGGCAAUUAGUACUACUGAAGAAAUGGAAGAGGCGGAGAUCCUGGAUGAAGAGGAAGUACUAAAUGAAAUUGAUCACGCCCUCAUAAACGAUGAAGAGAAGGCUUAUGCUGAUGUACUCUGGAGUAUGGUACGCUGAUUGAUUUGGGUGCUACUACACUUGAUUUAGGAGUUCCAUUUUUUUUAUUUUUUAUUUUUUAUUAUUAUUUUUAUUUUUUAUAGAAAAUUUAAAUAUAUGGAAAUAUUUGUAAAAAUGUGUUAAAAGUGAAACUGAAUAAUGAGAAUUCAGUUUCACUUUAACCCUUACAAGGUCAAGGCAUGGUCGCAUUACUAACACUCUAAAACCUAGUUUUGAAAAACUAGCCUGAAAUUGAGAUUCGGUAACUUGGUUUUGAAACCAAGUUUUGAUAA